AUGUCAGUUUCCGAGGAAGAAAAUUUAUCAUCGUCUCAGUCUCAGAUUUCAUCUCACUUUUUCUGUGAUCUCCUUGAUUCCGUUAUAGUUGAUGUGGCAUCAGAGUGUCACAGGAUAGCCAAGUUGGGGCUUGAUGCUAAUUUGGAUGAAGAAGACGAAGAAUUGAAGUUGUCAGCACAAGCCAGGGCUAGAUUGGCUGAUCCUAGUAAUAGUAAUGAAUCAAAUGGCAAGUAUGUGGUUGACAUAUUCGGACAAACUCAUCCUACUGUAGCAAAUGAAAUAUUCGAUUGCAUGAAUUGUAACCGAUCUAUCGUGGCUGGGAAGUUUGCUCCUCAUUUAGAAAAGUGCAUGGGGAAGGGUAGGAAGGCUCGUUUGAAGGUAACAAGGAGCAGCUCCGGGUCAGGCGCCCAGAACAGGCGGUAUUCACGAGGCAACAAUAGUAGUGCAAAUCGGUUGGCAAAUGGGAACCUUCGUUUUGCAGGUGACAAGCACUCUAACGGAUCAUCUCAGCCAUGA